CAGUGUAUAAAUGAUGUUAACCCAGGAGCUCCUGUAGCUAGCUCUGUAGCUCUUCGUAUUUCACUCAACAGUACCUAGCUAAUSAUACUUGUUGUCAGCCAUGGGGAAGUCGUUUGCCAAUUUUAUGUGUAAGAAGGAUUUUCAUCCUGCUUCGAAGUCAAAUAUCAAAAAGGUAUGGAUAGCCGAACAGAAACUGACCUUCGAGAAGAACAAGCAGCAAGAUCUUAUGCAGGCAUACCUGAAAGAACAAGACACUUACAACAACAGGUUGUUGAUGGGGGAUGAUCGUGUUAAAAAUGGCCUCAAUUUUAUGUAUGAGGCUCCACCUGGAGCAUCUAAAGAGGAGAAAAAAGAGGACGGAGGAGAUGAUGAAUACAARUUUGAGUGGCAGAAAGGUGCCCCUCGAGAGAAGUAUGCAAAGGAUGAUAUGAACAUUAGAGAUCAACCGUUUGGAAUUCAGGUGCGCAACGUGAGGUGCAUCAAGUGUCACAAAUGGGGUCACGUGAACACAGACAGAGAGUGYCCCCUGUUUGGACUGUCGGGCAUCAAUGCCAGCUCCGUGGCCUCCGAUGACGCUGCAGGUCCGUCGAUGCACCCCUCGGAGUUAAUGGCUGAGAUGCGAAACAGUGGGUUUGCCCUGAAAAAAUGUGUCCUUGAUAGGAAUUCUACUGUUUGUGAUCCAUCACAGCAGGAAUAUGUUGCCAGUGAUGAAGAAGAUGAUCCUGAAGUGGAAUUUCUGAAGUCUUUAACCACCAAACAAAAACAAAAACUCCUCAGAAAACUAGAUCGGCUUGAAAAAAAGGACAAGAAGAAGAAGAAGAGCAAAAAACAGAAGAAGAAAAACAAAAAGAAACACAAGAAGAAGCAGGAGAGUAGUGAGAGCUCGAGUGACUCCUCUGAUAGCAGCAGUGAUAGUGACUCCGAUUCAGACAAGGGCAAGUCCAAGAGUCAAAAGAGAAAGAAGAAUAAGAAAGAGGAGUCCUGUCGGGAUAACAGCGUCGACACCGAGCGGCGAAUCAAGAGUCAGAAAAAGGCCUCCUCUCACAGAAGCAGGUCACCGAGCCCCCGCACUGCAUAUAAGCAGCCUAAAAAGGAGUCUGGAGAUUAUAGACAAAGAAGGACAGAGAGGGGACGGAGCGGGAGUCGGAAUCGCAGCCCGAAGAACAAGAUCACGUCGGAGGGAGGUCAAGAGAGAAGGAGGCGCAGCAGCGGGGGCAGCCAGACAGUCAGCAGCUCCAAGGAUGGGUUGGACCGAAGUCAGAGCCGUGAGAGAGGCAGGGAGGACCGAGGUAAAGACAGACGUCACAGUGGAGACGGUGAGCGGAGCAGAAGAAGCACAGAAGGAAACAAAGGCAGGACAGCUGAGAGGAGGAGCAGAAGCAGAGAGAGGAGAGAAGAAAGAGAGGGCAAGCGAAGGAGCAGGAGCACCGACAGGAGCAGAAGAAGGCACUGACGUUUCAAUCAACCUUUUCUGUACUUUUUCUGCUCAUAAUCCAAAAAGUAAAACUAGCUGCAUGUUGUUUAGGUUUGUUUUUAA